AUGUCUCGUCUGUGGAAUAUCACGUACCCCCAUCUCUCUCAGCCUGCCGGUAAGGAAUAUCGUUUCGCAAAGCCGAGAAGCGACCGGCAGCCACGUCCGCUGUCCCUGCUAUCCCUGCGGCAUGUUGCGUCUCCUCUUUCUACCUUGCCGAGCCAGCUAGUCUCAGGCUCCCCGAACAACGAUACGCCGACGUUGCAGCUCAAGCAGAUAACAGCAGUCCAGCGCGACCUGUUCUUCCAGGCCCCAUCCCCGCACCGGCUGCUCCUCAACCCCCGUACGGCGAAACCAUAUCGCGAGUCUGCAUCAUCGACUCACAGAGGCCCGAGAUCUUUCAUCGCAUCCCCAGUUGACCUGUCUUCUCAUUCUGUGCGGGUCUGUCGAUCUGAUGCCAUCUAUACAUGGCAGCGCCCGGACCUGCGAGGCGUGUACGGCCACGUUGGCGAGGAGAUCCGAGAAUCGUGCGGUUGA